ACACAUAAGCAUAAACAAACAUAUGCGAGCUGAAAUUUAAGCAGCGAUGGUACGGCUGGCUUAUGUGUUAUAUGAAAUAAAUGCCGGCCAAUAAAUAAAUGUCCGCUUUAAAUUAGUGCUAAAUUAUGAGUAAAAAAAUUGAUUUCAUAUAACUGAUCGCAACAGCGUUGUCUGCUCUGUAACAUAAGAACACUACAGAAGGCAAUAAACAGCUUUUGAGUUUAUCGCCCACAACAAACGAAAACAUUACGAUGCCACUGAGCAGUUAUCUACGAUUUGUGUUGGCUGUUAUUUGGUGCAGUCUGUGUACGCGAAAGAUUUAUGCGCAAACCACUUGCAAGAACGGCUUGGGCCGCGUACUCUACGAACGUUUACCGAAUCAACAGCUGCAAGGCUAUGAUGACGAUGUGGUACGCGAUACGGCACCGCCUUUUCGAGUUUUAGAAAAAUGUCAAGAUUUGUGCUUGCGUGACCGCACCGGAACAAAUAAUUUAGUGCGUACCUGCACUAGUUUCGAUUUUCAGCCAGGCAGUCGUAUAACGGCAUUUGGCGGUAACACCGAAUACGAAGAAUCAUUAUGCUAUCUAACAUCUGAACAGGCCAGUCCAGAAGGCAUUGGCAGCCUAAUGUUGGUACCCAACAGCGUUCAUUUCAAUGAGAUAUGCUUGACAUCUAGCCGUCCGGAGAGGGAAUGUCCCAGUCGACGCUAUGUAUUUGAACGUCAUCCACGCAAGAAACUCAAGUUACCCAUUUCGGACAUUAAAGAGAUAACGGCCGCCAAUCGUUCGGAUUGUGAGGAUAAAUGUCUCAAUGAAUUUUCGUUUGUAUGUCGUUCAGCGAACUUUGAUUCGACCAUGCGUUCAUGUGCACUAAGCAGAUUCACCAGGCGCACACAUCCUGAAUUAUUGGAAGAUGAUCCAAAUUCGGAUUAUUUGGAAAAUACUUGUCUAAAUGCUGAGCGUCGCUGUGAUGGAUUGGCGGUAUUCGUUAAAGAGGAGAAUAAACGCUUAGGUGGCCCUUUCGAAGUGGACAUUUUCAAUAAUAUGACACUAGAAGAAUGUCAAACGAUGUGCCUUAGAGCCGAAAAAUACUUUUGCCGUUCUGUAGAAUUUGAUGAUCAAACGAAGCAAUGCAUUUUGUCCGAAGAGGAUUCAGUUUCGCAAAAAGAUGACAUUAGCAUCAGUUCUAGUCCAACGCAUCAUUUCUAUGAUCUUGUAUGCUUGGACAACCAACGCGCCACCGAUUAUCCUGAUAACUCGGUGACAUCGCAUCUCUUUUCCAGUGGUCGACGACCUGAUACAGCUUUUCAACGUUACCGUAACUCACGGCUUGGUGGCGAAUUCCAUUCUGAGAUAACCGGUCGUUCAUUAAGCGAAUGUCUAGAUGAAUGCCUCCGCCAAACGAGUUUCCAAUGCAGAUCUGCUGUGUACAGUGAUCGUUUUCGUACGUGUCGCCUAAGUCGCUACAAUCAGAAAGACGGUAUGCGUAUCAUCUACGAUGCAGACUAUGAUUACUAUGAGAAUUUAAUGCUAAAUGUUAUUAACGGUGCUAGCGAUGCGGAUGAACAUGGCAUUUCUGGGUCUGCAUCUAAUAACGGCCAUCGACCUGGAGACCGUCCAGGCGAUUCUAAUUGGCGGAAUCCGAACAAAGAUAACGAUCGUUAUGGUAAUAAUCAUUACAACGGCGGUAGUAAUAACGGGGGCUUAGGUUAUGGUCCAUACGAUCGGUAUCCUGAGAACGAUGAAUACGACCGCCACCACGGACAAGGACUGGAACGUUAUCCUAGUGGCGAACGUGAUCACCUUGACCGAGAUCGGCAUCGUGAUCGAGAUCGAGAUCGUUAUCCGUACGCAGGACCCUAUGAAGACGAUCGUUAUUCAAUGAAUGGCGACCGUAAUCGCUAUCCGAGCGAUCGUGAUCGUUAUCCCAGUGAUAGGGAUCGCUAUCCAUCAGACCGAGAUCGUUAUCCGUCAGAUAUGGACCAUUAUCCUCAAGCAGAUCGCUAUCCUGACAAUGGCUCUAACCGUCGUCCUUACGACGACCGCAUGCCACCAAGAAAUCCUUACAUAGAACGUUAUCCAACAUCUAAUUAUGAUUAUCGUUAUCCUACUACGAGUCGUUACCCAUUACGAGACCGUUACUCACCGUAUCGUCCUAAUAACGGGCAUUAUUCGCCGCUUAACGAUAACAAAUUGCCUGGUGAUGUAACCCAUUCCAGACCCCAUCCACCAGACGACGAUUAUCCAUAUCGCCCGUACCUUAUUGGAAAUCGUUAUCCCGACGAUCGGUACGCUAUUCGAUAUCCAUCGCGUUAUCCACCACCUCGUGAUCCUCUAAAUGCUUAUACAGGCCGUGAUGCACCUGACGGCAUUUUUCCCGAUCGACGUUUUCGCCCCUCCUCGUAUGACUCACGCUAUCCGCUUGUUACUGAAGGUUCCCGUGAUAACAUUCCGCCUCCUCGUUAUGGAUCUGACGGCAGAUAUCCUCCUGAAGAAAUUCUGCACAAUGCUCGCCGACCUGAACCUGACUCCAAUAGGCGUUACCCGUCAGCUCCUUUAAUGCCCCCACCAGCGACACCUAAUCGUUUUCCGGUAGGUACUGACCGUUUUCCUGCGGACAUAUACAAAUAUGGUAACCGUUUUGGUAAUCCCAAUUCAGGCGCUGCUGGGCCAGGUUACCGACCGCGACCUCCACCUCCUCCUGCCUUUUAUGAUAUGGACUACGAAGAACGUUAUAACGAUCGCUACAGCCCGUACGAUCGUGAUUAUGACAGAUCGUUGGGUCGCAGACCUGGUCCUUCUGGAUUAGGUUACCCACCCUAUGAAAAUCCUUUCAAUCGUCCUUACCACGGCGGUAGCGGUUCCUUGACGCCCUUGCCUAAUGAUCACCCUAUACCGGGAGCUUUACCAGCUCCCCGUCCUCCAUCUUACAAUGGGCCUCCGGCGGGCAGCAUACCACGUCCACCCAUAACUAGAUGUGAAGAAAGCGAUAAUUUUAAACAAGUAGCUGCUCGCCACAAAAUGCGACGACACUUCAUACGCAGAGCUCUUGUAGUUCCUUCUCUGAUACAAUGUGAAAGAGAAUGUGUAGAGAGUCGGGAAUUUAUUUGCCGCAGUUUUAACUACAGGGACACAGCAGUUUCCAACUACGAUGACCGAGGAUUACCUAAUUGUGAAUUAAGCGAUCGUGAUUCGCGAGAUUUAGAUGUUCACGAUCCCAGCUUAUUUGAUGCAGCCAAUUAUGAUUUUUACGAACGUAGCAUAGCACGUAGUGAUGGCGAAUGCAUGGACGUGACCCAAACAUGCAACGAGGAGGGCAUGGAAUUCACUAUUCGCACUCCGGAGGGUUUUGUGGGCCGUAUAUAUACAUACGGUUACUACGAUAGAUGUUUCUUCCGUGGCAAUGGUGGUACAAUAAAUGUUUUACGUAUAAGUGGUCCUCAGGGUUAUCCAGAUUGCGGUACACAAAAAUACGGCGACACGCUUACCAAUAUUGUGGUUGUGCAAUUCUCGGAUAAUGUACAAACGAGCCGUGACAAACGUUAUAAUUUAACGUGUGUGUUUCGCGGGCCAGGCGAAGCCAUUGUCACAUCUGGCUACAUAGGAGCAGGAUCUGGCAGUCCCAUUCCAAUUGAGUACUUACCGGCGGAGAAUACCUUGAGCUCCAAGGUGCGUCUGAGUAUUUUAUAUCAAGGCAGACCCACAACUACCAUAGCUGUAGGAGAUCCUUUAACAUUCCGUUUAGAGGCUUUGGACGGUUAUAACCACGCUACAGAUAUCUUUGCCACAAACGUCCUAGCACGGGAUCCCUAUUCCGGUAGGAGUAUACAACUUAUCGAUCGUUUUGGCUGUCCAGUUGACCCAUAUGUAUUUCCCGAAUUGGAUAAAUCACGUGACGGCGACACGCUAGAGGCACGAUUCAAUGCUUUCAAAAUACCUGAGUCGAAUUUCUUAGUUUUCGAAGCUACAGUACGUACAUGUCGUGAAGGUUGUCAACCCGCUUAUUGUCCCGGCCCGUCGGGUCGUCAAGAACCUUCCUUCGGAAAAAGGCGAAGAAGAUCUCUUAAUAAUACUGAAACUGUUGUUGAAGGAAUCUACUAUGAAGAAAAUCAAAAUAGUACAGAACUGUUUCUAGAACCGAUGGCUGAACGUCUGAUAGACGAGCCGACGGAAGUAAAUAGUACCACUAUAUCUGCAACGCUGGGAGAUGGGAAUACCAUAGACAAUGACAGCGAGGAACCAGAGCAGGUCAGGGAAAUGAUUGAAGUAUUUGAAACCCGUGAAGAGAUUGAAAAGGAGGCAUAUCCUCGUAGAUUAAUGGCUCCCAUUGAAACUAUAUGCUUGACACCAUCCGAAUAUCAUGGUCUCAUAACGGCUAUCAUUUUAUUAUUAAUUUUACUGCUAAGUAUAACUCUUGUUGCUGGACUGGCAUACAGACGCUAUUGGAUAACAAUGUCUAAAAAUCGUUUAGCAGAUCGGCACUCACCCUCACACUCGUAUGGUAAUUCAUCAAUACGUACUCAUCACGAACGUUUCAGUGAAAUUGGUCAUAUGCCAAGCGGCUCGAAUCCUACGAAUGCUCGAAGCCAGCGCGCUACAAAUUCAUUUCGUACAAAUGUUUCAAUGUUUGGCGGCACUUUACAUAAGACUUUUGCUACCGGUAAUUUAGCACGAAUGUGUCAAUUGCCAGUUAUGAACCCUAUGCGUACAAAUCACUCGAAUACUAAUCAUCAAUUUGAAGAUCCCAGCGAACCCAUAUACACUGAUCCGUCUUUAUUUGAGCGAUCUAGGUCUCUCCGUAGCCUAGAUGGAGGCAAUGGCGAGCCAGAACAACGUCACGCUUUAUAAAAGGAAUCAUGAGAAAAAAGAAUAAGGACUAAAUCUCUAAACAUUUUAUAAAUACACCAAAACCUGUUUUUACACAACAGUUCAAUUUACAAAACAAAUGCCAUCGGGACGUUUUACGAAAGCAUUCAAUACUGAUUCUCUACGGAUGACACUCCGCAAAAAAAUGCAGGCAUCAUCUACACAAUCUUAUAAAUAUGCUUUUUUAUGUUUCUAUUCUCUAAACGUGUAUAAAAGCACCGCUGGAAUAGGAC